GGAAUGGGUUUCUAGGGCUGUAUAUUACUAUUUCUUGGUUUGGAUUUGCGCAGAGUCGAGGAAUAUAAUGUCUUGGACCGGGAACACCUCUUUGAUGCAACUCAUCCUUCUAAGUUCUGCGCUUCUCACAGGAUUCAGUGCCGACCAAUUCAGUUACUUUGAACCCUGGAAGGGCAACAUCGUGCGUCUGGUCAGUGAUACAGAGAGCAAAGAAUGUGGUGUGUAUAGUUACUAUAGUAACAAGCAGAAGAUAAUAUGCGACGCUGGGCCUUCCGAUGUUAAGGAGGCAAGAUAUAAGGUUGAGGUCUAUGUUGAUGGGGAAGGACCUGUCCCCAGUGGUCAAACACAAUAUAUUCAGUACAAGGAUAAAUUGACACCUAUGGUAAACAAGAUUGAUAAAAAAUCCGGACCCCCAGGGACAUUGGUGACUAUAUCUGCUCGACUUUUUACGGAUGAGUAUAAAGUGAAAUCAGAGGAAUCUAGAGGUCUUGAAAUACAAAGUUUGAAAAUAGUGUAUCUAGAUGGACAGAAAUGUGACCUUAUAGAUGAAUCUACUAAUGAAGUAUAUGGAUUGCAGCUUACAAACAAUGAUAAUGGUUAUUUAAAGUGUAAACCAAGUGGCACAUUUAUAGGAUCACAACAUAUUCAGUUUCUGGUGUCAGGUAAACAUGGCAGAUCACUCACCAACCCUGCUGCAUUGAGUCUUAGCGCCCAAGAUGAGUUGUAUCUCUUCCAAACUCACCCCCUGAUCACUUCCCUUACCCCCUCUAGUGGAAGUACAGAGGGGGGUACCCUUGUGAAAAUUGAAGGGGUGGGGUUUGACCCACAUUCAAACAACACAGAGGUGCUAGUUGGGGGUUUACCAUGCAUUAACAGCAAGGUUACAACUACAGGGAUUCAAUGUCGCACCCCUAAACUAGAGAAUGUGCACUCAUUUUAUCCAGGUGCACGUGGUCUGUCACAUGAAGUUUGGAAGAAUGCCCUUACUGAUACCCUUGAUCAGAUCCAUGCUUUGGAUGAUGAUGCAGAGGAUUAUGAGCUUAACAUCAUACCUAAUUCUUAUGUCACAAAGACCAUGGUGAAAGACCUGUCAAAAUAUAGCAGUGCUCUGCGAGGGUUCUUGAAGGUGCCUCACACAGGGGAAUACACAUUUCAUCUGACAGCUGGAGGAGAUGCUUCAAUGUACUUGACACUCAAUGAUUCUCUAUUGACAAAGGAGGAAUUGACUUCAUCUCAGAAUGGGAAAUCAAGUCACUCCCAAAAAGUAAGCCUCCAGGUGGGACAGCAGUAUUUUGUUGAGGUGUUACACAGGCAAAGGGCUCCAACAGGGGCCAGUGUUAAGCUGGGACUCUAUAUGCAUCAGACUCGAUUCAACAGCAAGGAUAUAUGGAUGGCAAGAGAUGAACAACAAGAGAUCAAAUUUUCUGCAAUAUCAAGGCCUGAAAUACAGAAAUUGACCAUAAGUGAUUGGGUGACUGGGGAGGUUCCAGAAAUUCAGGAAAUAUUUGUAUCAGCUUGUACAGAGCCACAAACACUCAGCACAAUAGUACCCAAGAGUACACAAUCAUCUAGUGCUACUGUGCCUGGUGGUGAGGUCCUUACAACUAUGAGUGGACUUGAUAACACUAAUGGCAUGACAGAAAGUGAGACUGAAGUGAACACUGCAACUACAAAUGAAGUAAAUUCUCAAGCAGACAACAAUGUCUAUAGUGCUGACAAUAAUACAAUAGUUGCUAGCACACAGACCACACCUGCUACUGAAAUAAAAGAUAAUGUCACCACUGCAGUAAAUGUCAACUCAACUGAUGUUAAUGAGCCUACUACAGAGUCAAAUGUUAUAUGUGCCAAUCCCACCUCUAUGUUUACUCUUAGGUAUGGCAAAGAAGGCACCUACAGAGCAUUGAGCAAGCCCAUUGCCCUGAAUGCAACAGUUGAUGAUAUAGCAGCAGCUGUCAGUGCCAUCUAUACUUUAAAAAGGGUAGCUUCUGUUAAAGUUGUCAACAAAACCUUGACUCUGGAGGGCCUGAAAUUCCGCGUUGUUUUUCUGCCACACCAAGGAACACAGUCCAUAGACCUACUGGAAAGUGGUUCUAGUAUGCCUUAUAAUGGGACAAUCACUGUUAGCAGAGUACAAGCCUUUGUGCCUCCGCAGGACACAUUCACUAUCAGUUAUGGUGGCAGGAAUACAUCACCUAUACAGAUAGGGUCAUCAGCCGUACAGGUAGAACAUAAACUACAAGACAUCUUCAAAACCCAGUGUUUAACAAGUGAGAAAGUGUUCAAGCAUUAUCUCCAUACAUUUGAGGAGACUUUCCAUGAUUCUCCCCUAGGUACAAAGACUUGGGAUAUUGACCCCUACUGUGGUCAGGUGUCCUCUAGAAACCCCAAAUUGCUCUACUCUACCCAGUUCAUCAAAGCUAAAACCACCUCUGGGAAAAUAUUUCGAGCUGGUGAUAUCAAUGUGGGGCGGUACCCUUAUUUGUGUUUUGCUGUCUUUGGGGAUCAUAGUCGUAUGUUGGAAGUGACUGGUUAUGUCCAAGGCAGGAAUGAAGAUAUGGGAAUAGAUGAAGAUUACAACUUUAAGGUGGAGAAAAACAUAGAUACAAUCCAACUCAAUUCAAAUAGGUGGCAACAUGUAUGUGUGAAUAUAUAUGAGGAGAUGAUACAGAACAAUGGGAGGAUUCCAUUCAAGGGCCAACUUCCUAGUAGCAAGCAUAGGAUACAGACUAUUGCCCUAAAGAAACAACUCCAGACAUCUGUCUUCUAUGUGGAUGAGAUCACAAUAUCAAAGUCUGCAUUUACAGUUGUACAGCUGAUGCCUGGUGUAAAGCCAAAUGGUGUCACAGUAAAAGACAUUAAAGUGUCAAAAGAUAAAGAUAGCUAUAUGGUUGAGAUGUCACCAAUAAACUGUGGCAAUAACCUCCCCUUGCUGGCUAUUCACAAUGCAUCAAUGUACAAUUCAACAAUGCACAAUGAGUCAGGUGUGGAACAAGUAAUCUACAAGUCAUCUCAAUGGCCUAGUAACAACCACAUAAGCAUAUCCCGAAUACAAGCAGCUUCUUUGCCAAUUGGAGGAUCAUUUGACCUCACAGUUGAUAAACAAACUAUCUCAGGUAUUCCUGCAUUAAUCGCUGAUGUAGACCUCAAACAUCUCCUGGAGACUAAUUUCAACUGGCAAGGAGUUGACGUUGAGAGACAGGGUACAUGUACAGCAUUUCAAUUUAAAAUCAAAUGGUCAAAAACUGGAGGAGAUAUAGCUCAGCUUUUGAUUGGUUCCUCAAUGUUGACUGCUAGUUCAUCAGUUACCGUGGAUACUCGUACGAUCCAAGAUGGUGGAUUAUUUAUGCCGACCAUUCCAGGUGAUUUUUUCCAAGUGGCUCAUAGAAAACCACAGGUGACUGUUUCUGUUAAUGGACUGCAAGCAGCCUGUGUGGGUGAAGGAUUUCCCUUUCAAUUCACUUCUUCUAGAACUCCAACCUUGACAGGCAUAAACCCAAUAUCAGGAGCCAAAGGCACAGAGGCUACAAUUACUGGAAGUGGGUUCAGUCUCAAGCCAAGUGACAAUGUUAUAGAUAUAGGGGGCUCUCCCUGUACACCUAUCACAGUGACUGAUUCAGAAAUAACUUGUACAAUACAGAGUGGACCUGCCCUGAUCUCUUUAGUUGAACUGAUGGUGGAGAAUAAAGGGAGGGCAUCGUAUCCCAGAGGGAAUGUUACCUUUACUAAAGUACUGACGAUUGGGAGUGUAUCUCCUGAUAAAGUCAGCAGUGCAGGUGGUACUCUAGUUACUGUAUGUGGUGAUGGGUUCCCUAACAAUACCACAACAUGUAAAGAGACAGUCCAACUGAAGAUAAGUGGUGGUGACUGUUCCAUUCUGACAUGUAAUGGUAGCUGUCUCACAUGUGUGUCACCUAGCCAGGCUUCAAGACAUAGACGAGAUGCACUGGAGGGGAGUGUAACAGUAUCCGUAGGGGGUAAAACUACAAUCUCCAAGCAGAGACUGGGAUUUGAUACCAUGGCAACACCAAUGGUGACCUCUGUGCAGCCAUCAAAGGUAUCAGUUAGAGGUGGAGAUAUAUUACAGUUAAAGGGCUCAGGAUUCACAUCUUCUUCGGGUAAUGUCACACUUUCAAGUUACUCUACAGAUAUUGAUUGUGACAUCAUCACUUGGUCUGACAUCACCAUAGAAUGUCAGCUGCCAUCAUCGCGGCAAGGUAGUUAUGACAUCAGAGUGAAUGUUCCUGCAGUUGGUUUUGCCGAUCUAAGUCAUGUUAAUGCCAAGUUAACUUAUGCACUAAAGGUCUAUGGGAUAUCUCCUGUGCAGGGUUCUCUUAAUGGAGGCACCCUGGUGUCAAUACGGGGUGAGGGAUUUGGGACAAAUACCAGUGGAAUUGAUGUCUACCUUGGUAAGCCAUGUGACAUUAAGACAAUCACGGAUACUCUUAUCACAUGUACAACUGGAAGUGGAAAAGCUGUGAAGGUUAUUGAAAAUUCUGGAAGACAUCCAGAAUAUGGUCUUGGCUAUGAGUGGAACCCUAAAGUGUUGGAGGUGCAGGUUGGUGAUACGGUUGAAUGGAGAUGGGGCACAACCACAUUGGUGGAGGGUCUUGGCUACAGAGUGUAUGGUACAGAUAAUGCAACUACAGACACAUACAAUGAAAUGGGGAUGCACAGUGGAAGGAAAUCAUUGAAUGGCUCCUACAUUUACCAAUUUACUAAGGUUGGAACAUUCUACUUUAGUAGUGGAGCUGUGGAUAGGGGUGGUAGGGUUAUUAUGCGUGGUAAGGUAGUUGUCACCCCUAUACAAUCAUGGACUGACUCGCUCCAGCUGAAUGCAUUGAAAACAGAGGCUGAGUAUGACUUCUCAGAAUCGAUAGUUGCAUUUGCUGAUUCUGUUGGAGUGUGCUCUACACUACCCGAAAGUUCUCUGAGAGGUUGUCGAGAAAAAAUGCCAAUUCCAGGAGAUUUCAGCAGGUUCCAUUUUACAUACUGGAGAUGUCUUACUCCAGAGAUUCACAGUAUCUCACCCAAUAGCGGACCAUAUGACAGUGUUGUGACCAUAGAGGGCAUUGGGUUUGGAGAGGAGACAUGUCAGAAUGAGGUGUUGCUGGGCAACUAUCCGUGUAAUGUGUUAUCAGCCACUGAUACAAAGAUAACAUGCAUGUUUUCUUCUGAGACAACCAUGCCAGCAGGGGAGCUUCAUGAACUGAGGGUGUCAGUACCUAACAGAGGCCUGGCUUUGAACACUCUAGCUACCCCCGUAGAGAGGGGCUUUACACUCAUACCCACACUAGAGACAGUAUCGCCAUCUAUCGGUUCACUCGCUGGAGGCACUGAAUUAAGCAUAACUGGUCAUGGGUUUGUCAGUUCAAUAGAGGGUGGUGUUUUGGUAACUAUUGAUGGUAGCCACACUUGUUCUAUUGUGUCAAUACAGCAUGAUAAAAUCGUGUGUAGAACACCCCCAGCCAGUGCAGGUACCUACAAUGUGUCCGUGAACAUAGGGAAGAAGGGGAUCCAGUCAGAUUGCAGCAAAUCUCAAUGUACAUUUGAGUACAGCACCAGUGUGACAUCUAUUGUGAAGUCUGUCAGUCCCAACAAGAUUUUAUCAUCUACAAAGACAGAUGUUAUGCUUACAGGGACAUUUCUCAUAACAGAUAAAGCCUUGGUAUCAGUAGAAAUUGGAAACACCCCAUGUGUUAUCACCACUGUAUAUGCAAACUACAUUUCCUGUUCUCUGAGUCACAUUCCUCAUGGCAACCACAAGCUCAGGGUUCAUCUCCAGGGUCAGGGAGAUGCCAACAUAGAUGGCGCUUACAGGAUCAUUAAUGUACAGGCAACAAUAUCAAGUAUAACACCCAAUGAAGGUAGUGUUAAUGGUGGAACUAAAGUGAAAAUUUCUGGCAGUGGAUUUAUCGAUACGAUUACAGAAGUUAACAUUGAUAGUAGUGAGGUUAAAUGUAAGGUUAUCUCUGCAAUGAUUCAUGAGGUGACAUGUCUGACUCCCGCUCACACUGCUGGUGACGUGAUGCUUAUUGUGCCCCUGCCAACACCAGAGGGCGGAAAUGAAGCAAUGGCGGUGGCUUAUAAGUUCUCCCUCACAGCCACUCCAGUGGUGAAUAACAUAAGUCCUUCUGAAGGCACCACCGGAGACACUGUCAAAAUCAGUGGUACUGGUUUUGACAAGUCAUCAAGUCAUGUUACUAUUGGAGGAGUUCCAUGUGAUGUCACAGCUGCAACAACCAAUGAGAUCACUUGUACUCUAGGGGCUAAUAAAGGAGGAAGUUUCCCAGUGGGUGUGAGUGUAGAUGGGAAGGGGAUUGCAACAUCAAGUACAAUGUUUUCCUAUGUUCUGAGAGUUGAUGCUGUUCGACCUAAUACUAAGAUGAGUUUUGGUGGGGGACGAACAUUGACCAUCUCUGGUGUUGGAUUCUCUGAUGUUGCCAAAGUGAGGGUGUGUGAUGAAAUCUGUCCCAUACUUGGCAAUGUCUCAACCAAUCAGAUAAAGUGUGAUGCUCCGGCACAGUUAAGUAAACAAGACACACUGGCAUGUGGCGUGGAAAUUGAACAGAACGGUUUGACCGUCACAAGUGCAGAGAAAAUUUAUUAUGAUCGGAGCAUCACUCCAGUUAUAUCUGACGUCACACCCAAUAGGGGAGGAACAGGUGGGGGUACCCAGAUUAUUAUAUCUGGGCAGGGUCUAACAUCAGGGGGUGUGCCAACUUCUGUCACAAUAGAUGGCAGUGUGUGUGAUGUGAAAUCUGCCACAGAAGCUGAGAUAACAUGUGUCACAAGUUCACAUCAAGGAUCAACCAGAGCUAAAGUACGAGUGAAUGUAGGAGACAAUGGAAUUGCCACACAGGAAAAUGCUGGUUUUUUCUAUGUGGACAGAUGGUCCUCCAGGUUUACCUGGGGAAAUGGUCCUCUUCCAAAGAAGGGUGACUUUGUUGUCAUAGAGAAACACCAGACUGUAUAUUUGGAUGUCACUACACCAAUGCUUAAGUUCUUGCUCAUUAAAGGUGGUUCAUUGAUCUUUGAUGACAGUGUUGCUGAGCUUGAGUUACAUGCGGAGUACAUAUUGGUCACUGAAGGUGGCCUCCUGCAGAUAGGAACAGAGGAUAAACCUUAUAAAAACAAGGCAACAAUUAUGCUGCAUGGACAUGUCCGGUCCAAGGAACUGCCCAUAUAUGGAGCUAAAGUUUUAGCAGUUAGAGAAGGCAUCCUUGAUUUACAUGGUAAUCCAGUGCCUGUAACAUGGACAAAGUUAUCCAAGACUGCAGAGCAGGGUAGUGAUGUCAUCACACUAAUGCAAGCUGUUUCCUGGCAACCAGGAGAUGAUAUUGUCAUACCAACGACCAAUCACAGGCAUAGUAUGGGCGAGAAUGAGAAACACACCAUAAAGGCAAUCAGUAAGGAUGGGAUCACUCUUACUCUAACGAAGCCUCUGAAAUAUACACAUAUCUCCAUGGUGCAAAACUUACAUGGGGUGACCCUUGAAACACGUGGUGAAGUUGGGCUUCUCACGAGGAACAUCAAGAUACAGGGUUCAGUCCAAGAUGAAUGGACAGAAACCAUACCAAAAUGUAAAUUCAAAUUUGAUUCUGGACAAUUUGCUACUCAGUCAUGUUUCCGGGGAAGGUUUGGUGAAGAGAUCGGGAGUGAUGAAUUUGGUGCUCAAGUGAUGUUAGCAGCAAGAGAACCUGAUAAAGAUUUGGUGACGGGAAGGUUAGAAUAUGUUGAGUUUACACAUACAGGCCAAGCAUACAGGUUGGGCCACUACACUCUUCAUUUCCACAUGAACGGUAACAUAAAUGGAUCUUAUGUGAGAGGUUGUGCGUUUCAUCGAACAUUCAACCGUGCGACCACCAUCCAUGGUGUCCAUCAUCUUCUUGUUGAAAAUAAUGUGGCAUAUGACAUUAUGGGCCAUGCUAUAUUCACUGAGGAUGGGAUUGAAGAGAAUAACAUAAUCCAGGGCAACUUAGUGGUAUAUACACAUGCAAGCUCCAGUCUACUCAAUACUGAUAUCACCCCUGCAGCAUAUUGGUUAGUGAAUCCUAAUAACAUUGUACGAAACAACCAUGCAGCAGGAGGGACUCAUUUUGGCUUCUGGUACCGCACACUCAACCACCCUGAGGGACCAUCAGCCACAAACAGCUACUGUCAGAAGAAUGCAGAGCUUGGGGAAUUCAGUAACAACUCUGCUCAUUCUAUGGGAUGGUUUGGCUUAUGGAUAUUCUCAAUGCCUGGUUACUUCCCAAUGAAGGGUCCAGAGACCUGCAGAAGUAAGAUCCCUACAACUGCCAGAUUCAACACCCUUACUGCCUGGAGAUGUGAGAAGGGGGCUGAAGUGGUGCAUGGUGGGAACAUACGUUUUGUUGACUUUAUACUUGCUGAUAACGAGGAUGCUGGCAUGGUAUGGACUGAACUAUUUGGGCCUUGGGGACAAGAUGGGCCUGGUGUUGAUGGAGGUGCCAUUAUAGGACACAGUGCUAUUAGUGAUAACACAGAAUGUACAAGGGAGGGUCUAAAGACAGUAGAAAGGGAUCGCAUGAGUGUAGAUGGCAUGCACUUCAUCAACUUUGACCGACCAAGUUGUGCCGCAUUGUCAGGCUGCUGUAAGGCAAACAAAGGAGGUUUCUCAGCACAGUUUGAGAACAUUAAGUGGUCUAACAGUCAGCAUAAGGCCAGAUGGCAUUACCCACAUGAAGGUUUUCAUUAUGAUCUGGAUGGCUCCCUCACUGGUAAAAAGGGCAACAUAAUGCUACCAACCAAUGCCAAUCUCCCUCCUGGUCAAUGCACAUUUGGGGGAGCUGAAUACAGCAGAGGGGUGUCCGGUGCAGUUUGUGAAGACCCCAUAGAUUUCCAUAGACUGUCAUUCAAUAAGCCAUCGCCAAAGUCUUUACUUUAUAAAGAUGUUAUUUUCACAAAUAAAUAUGGCAGCAGUGUAGUUCCCUAUAGGAAAAAGAGGUUGACCCAUAUGGAAGGAUGGAUGGUUACGGUGAUGGACUCAGACCGUUAUUUGAUGACUUAUAGAGAUCGUCCUCAACUAACAAAUAUAACAUAUUCCGCUACCUAUUAUGAUUUUGCACCAAAUGAAUAUGUAAUCAUAUCACAUAAUUUCACCCAAAGACCUGAUGUUUUUUCAACUCAAGGAAAAGUGAAGCCAAGCAGGAAUUCAAUGGUGACAUUCACCGAUAACUUGAAUGGUGACAUCUUCUUCAAUAAUGACACUGAUAUCAUGUCUUACUUAGUGUCAGGGAAAAUAUCAUCAUCCACCUUUAGUGUUGAUGCCUCGGGAAAUGAUGAUGACAGCACACCCAUCAAACAUAAAACUAAUAAUGCAGUGAACCGUCAGAUCAAACCGCGUGUCAUUCGAUGUUUCUACAAGGAUUGUAUUCCACCAGUACCUCCCCCUCCCCCUGAGCAAAGGCCUGAUGCAGCUGUAUUCUGGUCUGAGGCAGACUCCUGGGUAGGGGUAGAGGAGGGCUAUGGGGGUUAUCUAGGAAAUGGCAUCUAUCAGCCACCAGAAAAUGGAACUGAUGUACAAAUCUUACCAGGAUUAUGGAUGGUGGCAGAUGUGCAACUUCCCUGGAUGAAGAAGCUCUAUAUAUACGGAACCCUGGAGAUUGCCAACACCCAAGACAACAUACUCAAUUGCAGUCAUGUACUCAUACAGGGUGGAAGACUCAUUGUUGGCUUCAAUGAGACUGAACCUUUCCUAUUCAAUUUCCAGCUUAUACUCAGAGGAGAACAUGCAACUCCUGACAUGCCUCUCCCAGAAGGUCCAAAUAUGGGAGCGAAAGCAUUAGGUGUUUUUGGAGGGCUGGACAUCCAUGGUAUCUCAAGAGCAGUGUAUUGGACUCAGUUGUCCCAGACAGCUCAGGCAGGAGCCAAAUCUAUAGUGCUUGUCACCCCUGUUGACUGGUUGCCAGGUGAUAACAUCGUCAUAGCACCCACAAGCUAUGAGGCUAAUGAAGCAGAGGUGCUGAUGAUUGUGAAUAUAUCUGAGGAUGGGAGGACAGUUAAUCUUAAUGCAUCUCUCACACACAAGCAUUUAGGAGUGACUCACACUAGCCCUGGUGGUGCUGCCACCUAUACUAUGGCAGCAGAGGUUGGGGUGCUGACACGUAAUGUGAAGGUGAUAGGAGAGAAUUACCCUGGACUGUUUUCUGAGAGCUUUGGGGCAAGAGUCAUAGUUGGCAGGUUUAAGCAGGAUGGUGUUGAAUAUAAAGGAUUUGCCAGGGUGACAAACACAGAAUUUUACCAUACAGGACAGGAAGGAUGGACAGAGCCAUAUGACCCAAGGUAUUCCCUUGCAUUUCUAGAGACAGGAACCUCAAGCCAGGAGACCCCCUCAUAUGUGAAGGGCUGUGCCUUCCAUCACGGGUUCUCCCCAGCUCUAGGGCUGUAUGGGGCAUCUGGGGUACUGGUUCAGGACAAUGUCGUCCACCAUACAGUAGGGGCAGGUAUGGUCAUUGAGGGUGAUAAUAACAGACUUUAUAGGAACCUAGUGGUGCUAUCUAUUUUCCCAGGGACAUACCAAGAGAGAUUUGAAGAGGAGAAUCUGUUAUGGGAGGGAGGCAUUGAGGUCCAUGGGGCGAAUAAAGCUGUGCUGAUCAACAAUACCGUAGCUGGAUCAGAGAGAUGUGGCUUUAAAGUGAAAGGAGAGCCUUGUGAUAUAACUAUGGCAUCUCAGGACAAGUGGACUGGGAAUACAGCACACACUGUGCUCCAUGGUGUCCAUCAGUUUAAUAUAGGAUUACCAAAAUGCUCAAAGAUUUCAAACUUCUUUGUGUAUAACAGUUAUGACUUUGGCAUCUACCAUCAGACUUCCUGCAGCAUGGUACUUUCUGAUAACAUCUUGGUAGAUAAUGUUAAUGGUAUCAUGCCACUCAUCUAUUCUCCACCAGCCACCUCACAUAGGACAUCUGAUAAGGUCUUGGAGGUCUCUAAUACAGUGUUUAUAGGUGCCAGCCCCAGUUUGGAGUGCAAUGUCCCGAGACCAAAUGGGGGAAGAUCUAGGCCAGGAGUUCGAGCUCCACGGACCAAAUCUGGGGGCCAUGCAGGCUUUGUGAUGUCCUCUUUCGAGUCUGGACCAGUCAGUGCCCCAUUUUUUCCUUGGCAUAAACCAAUGUCUUAUCCUACCAUUAAUGGCCAUACAAUUCUGAAAGAUAAUACAUUCAUCAGCUACAAGGGAAGGUGUGGUAAGAAGGAUGAUAUUGCCAUUAUGACCAACCCAUCAAGCGAGGAUGCACAACACCCUAUAACUGCCACUGGAUCAAAGUUUGUGGAUGUAACAGUCGACAACAAGCUUUACAUACACAGACCAAGCCUUGGUUUGGUGAAUCCCUCUGAUUGUGUUGACAUGGACUGCGAUGGUCUCAAAAAGAUUCUCAUUCGUGAUGAAACGGGAAGCAUCAUUGGUGACAAUUUGCCGGGGACUAUAUUUUCUCAGGCAGAGUUUGAAUGGGAUGGUAACCCAAGACGUGGCUUAGGGGACUAUAGGAUCCCAAGGAUGAUGCUCACUAGGGAAGAUGGCUCAAGGAUACCUGUUAGUGACAAGGCCCCAAAUAAAGGAAUAAUACGCAACAGUAACUGCAAGUGGCAUAAUAGAUGGCAGGCCUAUAGCUGUCACAAUCUUGACCACCAGAUGAUGAUAGUGGAGAGCAUGGACCCCGACACUGAAACACGUAGAGUAUCACCCCUGGCAAUGCUGGCGGAUGGAUAUGUGGACUUGGUGAAUGGGCCCCAGGAUCACGGGUGGUGCUUUGGUUACACAUGCCAAGAGAGAAUAUCAACUUUUAAUACUAUAGUUGCUAUGCAGAAGAAUUAUGAAAUGUACUUUACAGGAACUAACCCUCAGAAGCUCAGACUACAUCUGCUGAAUACCAACAGUUCAAGUGCAGUAGUUGUGGGCAUAUGGUAUGCCACUCCUCAGAGACUGGAUGUCUAUCGCAAUAAUCUUUUCAUCUGGCCAACCAACUCCAAGCUCAAGGAUGGCAAGUUCAAACUUAUCGCAAAAGACCCUCUUAAGCCCAACAACCAGUUUGUACCGGAUCUAUCAUCCCAGGUUUCUGGAUUGAACUGGAUGGACAGUGACCUCCAGACUUUGUAUGUUCUUGUACGUGGACCUGAUCCUAUAGAGAUCCGUACCAUGCCUGUGGUGGUUUUCUCAGUUGAUGUUCCCCCUGUACCCCUUAAUAAGUUCUAUGAAAAGAACACCAUUAGGAAUAUAGCCUUGCUUUUGAAGAUCCCAGAAGACAGAAUCAGAUUUGUUAAUGUUGUAAGGGAGACUCGUUUCAAACGUAGUGGCACCCUUAAUGCAAUGACAAUCAAGCUUGAGAUUGGUGAUCCACCAUCCCCGACUAUUAACACCCCACCUGAGGAUAACAAUUACUCAACAGAAGGGAGUUAUAAUGAAUAUGCAGGUAUUGGCAACCAAGUAGCAAUGACCUAUGACCAGCUAAAGGACAUAGCUGCCACACUAACUGAGAGUGCUCAGACUGGUAAACUUGCAGAGAACCUGGGCCAAACUGUCUAUGCUGUGACCAUUACAGAUCCACUCCCCCCAGCUGUUGACCCAACAGGGGGAGUGCGCGCAACAAAUGGCACUGGUGGUAGCCCUUUUCCUCAACCUGGGGAACCAUUAUACUAUGAGAAGGUGAUGGCCAAACAGAUAUCUGAGAUGAGCAACCUUGAUAUAGGUACAGUAUACCAGGUGCCUGUACAGUUUGUGCUGCAAAAUCAACCACUCGGCUCUGUAGAGAUGCAACCAUUUAGUACACAGCCAGCCAUACAGGCUCUAGACAGAUUCGGACAACCUGUACUAAAGUUAGGACAAAGCACAUCAAGAUGGAAUGUCACUGCAAAGCUUGUGGUUGAAUCAGGUCUCCCAGGUACUGAACUACAGGGUAACACCACAGUGGAGUUCCUGGAUAGCUGGGCUAACUUCUCAAACCUUGCAAUCAACCUGUAUGGCACAAAUCAGUCCCUCCAGUUCCUGAUACAGCAAGUGUCAUUGACUUUAAAUUCAGAGGAGUUUACGACGAUGCCUCGCCAACUGAAGUUAGUUGACUCAGCUGCACGGGGCAGAACCAGUUCCCCAGGGUUGCCUCUAGUCCCACAGCCAAUUGUACAGAUAUAUGAUGACAACGACUUACUGAAUAGGGAGGAAAUAAAUGUAAAGGGACCUUGGACUUGUGAGGCAAGAUUGCACCAGCCAGACAACUAUUAUGGUGACCUACAGGGUGACAAAAAGGUUCAGUAUGAUCCUACCACCCAGCAAUGCAUGUUCAAAGACCUUGGAUUCUCUCAUCCUGGUUAUGGUUAUAUAAUACACAUUGUUGUAAAGAGUUUAGAUGGUGUCUACGAAUUGUCCACAGAACUAGAUGGUAUUGAUGUCCUUGCUAUAACCAGCACCCCAGUGGAUGCAACCACCUCAGAUGUGGAGUUAAUCUUUGAUGUGGACUAUGACAGAGUGAUCCAGGGACAAGAGAAAUAUUUCUCUUUACAUGCCCUUAACCAUCUUGGAUACAUGUACCCCAAUAUCAGCAUCACUGAUGUCUCGUUCGAAAGAGAUGGUUCCAGUGCCAUGAAAGUCAGCUUCUACACAACAGGAGCGCCAGACACUCUAUCGUUUACACAUAGGACUAUGUAUGAGGACAUUAAACGUGGUCUAAGAUUCACCUUUAAUGGGAGAACAUUCUCUGCUUUUCUUAACAUGAAGGUUAAUGGGGAGCAGUUCUAUGGUAAAGAUGGACCUCCAAGUAAGGGUGCACCUCUAGGAGUGAUAAUAGGUGUUCCCAUUGCAGUUGUACUUAUAUUGAUCAUCCUUGGGGUACUCCUACUUGUUAAGUCUAAACACACAAAGAAAAAUCAAGUGUCUGAUAGCAACAGCCAUAUACCUCCUGACAUUCCCCUAGAGCAGAUGACGCCAGUGGAGGAGAC